AUGGAAGCAUUAUCGAACUAUCUUAAAAAGAUUAUUUCAGAUGAAAGUAUGGCUGACUACAUAUGCGAAGUAGCUGAUUCAUCAGAGACUGUCGAUGAAUUUAGUGAAAUUGCUGCACCAAUUUUGUCAGAAUGCUUAAUUGACCAAAAAGACGAAGACGAAAUCCAAAAACUUUGCGUCAAGUUGUUUAAUAUGAAAGAAGAUACACAAGAAAAUCAAGAACAAGAAGAAUUAGAGAAGCCAGUUGUACUUUCGAAUUUAAUGAACAAACAAGUUAAAGAAAUGACAUUAACCCAAUCUAUAUCGAAAAUGUCAGGCCCACUCGAGGCAGCCAAGAUGCCAGAACUUAAUAUUGAAUCAGAUGCAAAAUCAAUCGAAAGAGCAAGGCGAAAAGAAGAGAAAAGAAAGCAAAAUUACCAACAAGACAGACUUGAUUACAUGGAAUUUGAGAAGUCUCAGUUCAAAGAAGGCACAACUUUCAGACGUCCUCUUAAUCAUCACCCACACGACAUUAUUUUACGCGAAAUCAACAUAUCAGCAGGACCUAUGAGUCUUAUCGAAGACGCAGAGAUGCUUCUUUCGCCUGGAAAUCGUUACGGUCUUGUUGGUCGCAAUGGUAUGGGAAAAACAACAUUAAUGAAGCAUAUGAACUCGAAUUUACUCAAAGGUAUAUCAGACGAUAUGCUUAUUAUCCAUGUCGAACAAGAAGCUCCAAUUUCAGAAAAAUCUGUUAUUGACGCCGUUUUAGAAUGCGAUAUCGAAAGAAUCGAGUUACUAGAGAAACUACAUAAGCUUGAGCAAGACCAUUCAGGCACAAUCGAUGAACUUUCCGCAAUACAAGAUCGACUCAAUGCAAUUGGCUCGAAUUCCGCUUACGCCAAGGCCCAUUCCAUCCUUGUAUCCUUAGGAUUCUCUCCGGAACAGAUUCAAGGCCCUCUUUCCCUUUGUUCCGGUGGUUUUCGAAUGAGAGUUUCUUUGGCCCAAGCAUUAUACAUCGGUCCAGACGUUUUGAUGCUUGAUGAGCCAACAGGACACCUUGACGCACCAUCCGUUUGCUGGUUGGAAGAGUAUCUGACCACACAAUGCAAAGAUCAGAUUUUAUUAACGAUAUCUCAUGACAGAGUCUUCCUUGAUAACGUUUGCACGCACAUUAUCCAUCUAAAAGACAAGAAACUCACUACAUACCGUGGAAAUUACUCGAGUUUCAAGACACAAUUUGAUAAUAAAGUCGAAGAACUCGAAAGAAAGCACGCGAACCAACAAGCGGCCAUUGAACAAAAAGAAGACUUCGUAAGAAGACUCAGAUACAAGGCGUGGGCCGCUGCUCAAGCACAAGGACGUUUAAAGUUAAUUCAGAAGAUGCAGGAAGAACAAGUCGAGUUAAUCGAAAAGGAUCCACCUGUAUUCUUCAAAUUUGAGCUUACUACUGAAGCUGCUCAAGAUACAAUCGUUACUUGUGAAAACGUCAAAUUUUCUUAUCCUGGAAAGCCAAUUUUCGAUGAUUUGAGUAUCGAAAUAAAGAAGAACUCCAGAAUAAUCAUUAUCGGUGCAAACGGAUCCGGAAAAUCCACUUUUAUUAAGAUAUUAACCGGAGAAAAUAAAAUUCAAGAUGGAUUCUUCCAAACGAUCUCGAAUUUGAGGAUCGGAUACUUCUCACAGCACCACAUAGACCAAAUGGACUACAACGAUACACCUCUACAGUUCAUGGUCAACAGACAUAAAGAAUUUAAAGUUGACGCAUUAAGAGGAAAACUCGGAGAGUUCGGUAUCGGUAGUGACGUUGCUUUAAGACCAAUUUCAUCCCUUUCUGGUGGCCAGAAAACCAAAGUUGUAUUGGCUUCAAUCGCAAUUAUAAAUCCACACCUUAUUAUCAUGGAUGAAGUCACAAAUAACUUGGAUAUGGACUCAAUCGAAGCCCUUGGUCAGGCUUUGGGUGAAUAUAAAGGUGCAAUUAUCGCUAUUACUCACGACCAACAUUUCGCUGAACUGAUCAAUGGCGAAAUAUAUGUCUGUGAGAAUAUGGAUUUGAAGAAGUUCCCUGGAACUUUCGCAGAUUUCAGAUCAAAGAUCAAAUCUCAAAUCAAAGCAGAAUUCCUCAAAUCUAUUCAACAUUAA